CCGAAGACCCAGAUGUGCCGCCCCCUUGCAUGGGCUGCCCCAGGCACCAGCUUGCUGUGCUGAUGCCUGGAACCGGCCCAGGUUGUAGAGCUUCUUGAAUAAUAGUGCACCAAAUCAAAUCCAGUGACCAAAAUCUGUCCCCCUGCCAGUUUUUAAACAGGGGUGGAGACAUCCAGUCACCUUCACACUAAGGAAGGGCACAGAGUUAAACAAACAGCUACUUUUGAAAAUGUCUGAAAAUUCCAGUGACAGUGAUUCAUCUGGUGGCUGGACUGUCAUCAAUCAUGAGGGGUCUGAUAUAGAGACUGUGACCUCUGAAAAUGGAGGAACAAAUAGUAAUCUUGAGUCUGUGUCAGAAGAAUAUGCUGCUUUGGUGGAGGAAGAAGAGCAACCAUUUGAUAUGAGAGCUGAAUGCAGCAAAGAUGAUGUGGUGUCAAUGGUAGAAACUUCUCAUGCUGCCUUGGAGGAAACCCAAGCAGUUCCUGAGGUAAAGGAAGAAAGAUUGCCUGAUCACAGUUCCUGUAUUGGGGCUAUUAGUGAUGAUUCUGACAUUGUUACCCUUGAAACACCUAAAGUAGAAGAAAUUGGAACGCGGGAAGAAACUGCAAUAGUUGAUGAGCAAGCUCAAGGUUCAGAUGAUUUUAACAUGGGUUCUUCCUCCAGCAGCCAGUACACAUUCUGUCAACCAGAAACUGAAGGUUGGUGGGAGAAGCUGAGGACAAUUCCAGAAUGUGUAAGGGGAUGGGCUGAUGACCUGAAAGAGCAUGUGUCUGGCAGCCUUCCUUUCCAAGUUUUUCCACCUCAGCCCAGUGAUGAUGAAUCAAGUAGUGACGAAACAAGCAAUCGAUCCAGUCCCACACUGAGAAGACGGCGUGCAAAGAAGAGGCUUGUCUCGAACUCUGAAUCUGAGGGCGGAGCACCUAAUGAACAGGAAACUGAACCUCCCAAAGAACAGCAACAGAAACGCCAAUUCAGUAGUGGCCUGAACAGAUGCAUUAUACUAGCUUUGGUGAUAGCAAUCAGCAUGGGAUUUGGACACUUCUAUGGUAAACGUGAAGGUACAAUUCAGAUCCAAAAACGUCAACAAUUGGUAGAAAAGACACAUGAAGAUGAACUAAAUGGUAUGAAAGAUGACCUUUACCAGUGCCAAAGAGAGCAAGGAGUUAAAGCAGACUAUAAGGUGGGGUCACUAAAACAAGACCUUGCAACAUGUCUGAUCUCUACUGAGGUAGAAAAGAAAUCAUUUGAAUCUCAGAAAAAAAGUCUUACGGCAGAAAACCAGCACUUAAGGGAAUCUCUGGAGAGGGAAGAAAAAGCUUUGGACUUGCUGCAGGAAGAGUUAAGGAAACUGAGAGAACAAAUUAGAAACGUAGAAGAUAAAGGUACUAGUACAGAGUCAGUUGUCAUUGAAAAUAAAAAACUUAAGGUACAUUUGGAAGAGGAAAAGCAAAAAAUUCACAACUUCCUUAAGCAAAAGGAAACACUUUUUGCAGAAGCACAAAUGUUGAGGAGAGAACUAGACAAAGAACGUCAUAUAACUGAAGCUCUAAGAGAAGAACUGGAGCAGUUAAGUUCUCAUCAGACAUCCGACAACCCAGACACUGACAUUACAUUGAGGAAGAAUGAAGAAAUAGAAACUUUGCGGGGAAGACUAAUAGAGCUGGAAAAGAAGCUAAACUUUGAACAACAACGCUCUGAUUUGUGGGAAAAACUGUAUGUUGAAGUGAAGGACCAAAUCGAAAAACAGGAAACUAAUGAAAAAGGACAAGAGAGAGAUGGUAAAGGAACAAGUAAGACCAAAAAGAAGUCCAAAGAAUCAUUUUUUGGCUCAGUUAAAGAAACUUUUGAUGCUAUGAAGAAUUCCACAAAGGAGUUUGUAAGACACCAUAAAGAAAAAAUUAAACAGGCUAAAGAAGCAGUGAAAGAAAACCUGAAAAAAUUCUCUGAUUCUGUGAAGUCCACAUUCAGACACUUCAAAGACACAACUAAAAACAUCUUUGAUGAAAAGAAGUCUGGUGCUAAAAGAUAUGAGGCAAACAAAAAAGGUAAAACAGUUUAUCGGGAAUAUAAUACUCAUGAGAAUCCUUCUAAGCAUACACACCGUAGAGGGCCUAGUAUGAAAAAAGAAUUCAGAGAAGGAAGAAAAGAAAGAUCGACUCACUUUACAUUUGAAAAAGAUACUAAUUCACAGAAAUGCAUCAAUAACCCAGAAUGUAACAGAAAACGUCACUCUGUCCUAAAGGGCUGUUCUGGUAUUUUUGAAUGCGCUCAUCAGGAAUUUAUUAGCCUGUUUAACAAAGUACUGGACCCUAUUAGGGCUGAAGAAUUUAAUCAGUUAAUGCAAAAAUAUUUGCAGCAAGAAGUAGACAGUUUCCAUCACUGGAGAGAACUAGAGAAUUUCAUCAAUAAGUUUUUCCAUAAUGGGAUCUUUAUACAUGACCAGAUGCUGUUCACGGACUUUGUUAGUGAUGUUAAGCAUUAUCUUGAGGACAUGAAGGCGUACCAAAGUGACCAUGAAGGGAUGUUUGAGGAUUUGGAUAAAUACAUCUACAGAUACUACUUUCAUUAUGAUAAUACACCUCAGUAUGGACCCAGUCGACCUGCUAAAAGGCCUGCUUUCACACAAUCUGAAAGUUCCAGACCUGAAAAACACACUCAGAAGCAACACCAACGUAAUAAGAGAGAAGGUAAAUGGCAUAAACACAGUCGCACUAAUGGAAGACACAUGGCAAAUCUUGAAAUAGAAUUGGGGCAAUUACCCUUUGAUCCAAAAUAUUAAGUAAUUUGUGUAUGGUAAAAUCAGGAAGAUACAAGUAGAUAAUUUCUAGUGGUUCCUCAAUGGAAACUAAUUGUUUUUCAACAAAACUGCAAAGUGCAAGUGUUUCUUCAUACAGAUUGAUUUUUACCCUGUUGUUCAAAAGCAUCAAUCAAACUUCCUAACUCGCAUUUUCUCUAGUGUUGCUUUACUGUUCUUUGGAAAUGAUUUUGGUUGUAGUUGUACUGUUAUGGAAACUAGGUGUGUUGUGACCUGUGUGAAAAAUAGGCUUAAUUGCAUUCCAUUAGUAUAAUUCAAAAUUGAAUCAUCCAUAAUGUACAUGUAAUUAACAUGGUUUGGUGUACUAACAUCAUCUUAUCCUUCAGAAAGUAGAUCUAAAUUACGGCAAUGCAUCUGUUAAUAUUUUGUAAUCUUAUACUUGCUUCUUGUCUUUUUUGGGGGUUCAAGAGCCUGUUGACUUAUGAAGAAUUUGCUGUGCUGCAUUCUAAUCAGCUUGCUGACAUAUGCACUUGAAAUUUCUUGCACAUCUGCAUAUUGUGAAAGAAAAAUAAAGAGACGUUGUGGGUAAAA